UAAAAAAAAAACAACAACUGCUAUCAAGAAGAACCAUAACAAAACUAAAACUACAACUAAAACUAAUAUUAAACUAAAGUACACCGAGCUAACAACAAAAGUUAACAGUUGAUGGAAUAUAAAACCAGAAAAAAAAAUAUAUAAAUAAAAAUUUAAACAACAAUAACUAUAAAAAAAUAUUAACUUAAUACUAAAUAAACUACUAACUUUAAACAAUAUUAAAAAUGCAAUAGUUUUAUAAAUUACAAAAAAUACAACAAGAAGCUGCAACACAACAACUACCACCAUUUUUAUUACAUUUGCAACGAUCUUAAAAAAAAUUUAAAAAAAAAAUCCUGGAAACAAUUAAGAGCGAAUUUAGAAAAAGCCAAACAAAACACAACAGCAAACUACAAACAUCAAAUUGUUCAAAGACUUGAAAACCUCAUCUUUAAACGGAAAAAUCAGCCAAAUUAAAAUAAAAAAUCAAGUUUACAUGUUUUCCUACUAACAAUUACAUAUAUCACUCAACAAAUUCACCUUUCACAUCCUUUCGUUAUUAAAACAUAUAACCUUAAACAGUCAAGGCGAUAUAGAGAGCGCAAGAGAGCCAGGCAUUUAAAACGAAACAAGAAAGAAAGUAAAUAUUUUAACAUCAUUGCUUAAAUAAAUAUGGCUUCGCCACCUGAAAGUCUCGAGGAGGUGGUUUAUGAACUAGAACAAACACGAGUGCCUAAACCAAUACCCGUUGCACUAGAGGAUUUGUGCCGUCAAACAAAAUUUACAAAACAGGAAAUACGUGUCAUGUAUAGAGGAUUUAAAACGGAAUGUCCUGAAGGUGUGGUGCACGAAGACUGUUUCAAGGAUAUUUAUGCAAAAUUUUUUCCACAUGGCAAUUCAAGUUUAUACGCUCAUUAUGUGUUCAAAGCGUUCGAUGUGAACUGCAAUGGUGCCAUCAGUUUUCGGGAUUUAUUAGUAACGCUGUCAACAUUAUUACGUGGUUCAGUUUACGAACGUUUACGUUGGACAUUUAAACUUUACGAUUUAAAUGGUGAUGGUCGCAUCAGUCGUUCGGAAUUGAGUGAAAUUGUUUUGGCCAUACACGAACUGAUGGGUCGGAGGGCACAUCAGCCGGAGGACGAUAGAAAAGCCAGAGAUCAGGUCGAUCGUGUUUUUCGCAAACUCGAUCUUAAUCAAGACGGUAUCAUAACAAUUGAAGAAUUUCUGGAGGCAUGCCUUAAAGAUGAUCUUGUCACAAGAUCUUUACAAAUGUUCGAUAAUGACCUUGAUGACCCGCAACCGAUUAUGAAAUACGAAAUAAUCGUAAUACAAUAUCUUUAAUAGAUCUUUAAACAGCAACAAAAAAAUCUAGAAAAAACACAAAAAAAAUUAUUAACAAAAAUAUAAAAAUUAAGAAAAAAAUGUUGUUACUUAAAGUAAGUAUUUAAAGUUAAUAAUUAAACUAUAAAUAAUAAAAGAAAUUUAAAGAAAGACAAAAACCCAACCAACAAGUGAACGAGAGAGCUCAUCAUACACCAGUAAAAAAUAUUAGUAAUAUUUUUGUUUAGUAAAGAAAUUAAAAAAAUAAAAUUUUAGAUAAAAAAAUUAAAAUUAUUGGUAUUAAUAGUAAAUUUAAUAAAAUAAAAAUGAAACUAA